CUUGACACCAAACGAACGGCCGGUUGAUGUCUCAACAUUAAUUUGUUUAGCAGAAAAUGUCAUUUUCCAGACCUAUAAAAUUCCAGAACCACCGAAUGCCACUGCCAGUUCCGCUUCUUCUUCCACCAACUUCACCUGCAAAGCCGAUUCCCAAGAGCAACUUUCCUCGACAUUCCAAAUUUGUUUCGCAGAAUCUGAGACAUUCAAAUAGCCUUUACCUCCACUCAUCAUCUGGGUCUUUAAUUUUAUCGGUUUCCGGCGCCGUAAAACCAUCUCUCGGAACGCUUACAACAGAAGCUUCUCUUUCGCCGCCGAAAAUGGUCAAAGCUAUCAGAGUUCAUGAGCUUGGAGGACAUGAGGUCCUAAAGUGGGAUGAUGUGGAAAUUGGAGAACCAAAAGAAGGUGAGGUUCGUGUGAGGAACAAAGCAGUUGGUGUUAACUUUAUUGAUAUCUACUUUCGGAAUGGAGUUUACAAAGCACCAUCAUUGCCCUUCACUCCAGGCAUGGAAGCUGUGGGGGUUGUGACAGCUGUGGGUCCAGGGCUAACUGGUAGGCAGGUUGGAGAUGUUGUAGCUUAUGCCGGUCAACCAAUGGGCUCAUAUGCUGAAGAGCAGAUUCUUCCUGCAGAUAAAGUAGUCCCUGUGCCUCCUUCUAUUGACCCAAUUAUUGGGGCAGCUAUCUUACUAAAGGGCAUGACUGCUCAUUAUCUAGUCCGACGUUGUUUCAAGGUUGAACCUGGUCACACAGUUCUUGUUCAUGCUGCAGCUGGUGGAGUUGGAUCUCUAUUGUGCCAGUGGGCAAAUGCUCUUGGUGCAACUGUUAUAGGACUUGUGUCAAACAAGGAAAAGGCGGUUCAAGCCAAGGAGGAUGGAUGCCGUCAUGUUAUAAUCUAUACAGAAGAGGACUUUGUUGCUCGUGUCAAUGAAGUUACCUCUGGCAAUGGAGUUGAUGUAGUUUAUGAUUCUGUAGGAAAGGACACAUUUGAGGGAUCAUUGGCGUGCUUAAAGCUGAGAGGGUAUAUGGUAUGUUUUGGGCAGUCCUCAGGCAUACCUGACCCAGUCCCAUUAUCUGCACUGGCUGCAAAAUCGCUCUUCUUGACUCGACCAACCUUAUUUAAAUAUGUUGUAACUCGGGAUGAGCUAUUGGAGGCUUCUGGAGAGGUAUUUGCUAACGUGGCUUCAGGAGUGUUGAAGGUGAGAGUCAAUCACACAUACUCAUUGUCUGAUGCAGCCAAAGCACAUGCAGAUCUAGAAAGUAGGAAGACAACAGGUUCUAUUGUGCUUAUACCCUAACUCGAUCAGUCAAUCUGUUGAAGUUCCGGCUGUACCACUCCUGUUACUUCUCUUGUGAAUAGUGCAUUAUAGAGUAUAAUGGCUUCGUGUAAUUUAUAUAGCCAAUUUCACUUAAUAGGAUAAAGUUUGUUGUUGUUGUACUCUUAGUGGUGUUUCUUUGGCUUUUCUUAUGAAACUUAAACAUUGGGCUUAUGUUCUUCAUUUA